AGACGUUAGGAGCCCCUGCUCCACAAAGGCUUCGGCUUGGCCGGGGGGCCGCGUCCACUGUGGGCCACCCUGCUCAGCACACCUAUUUAGCUGGGAAAAGAACAAACAAACAAAGGGUUAACGUUGCUGCAGUGAUUUGGAACUCCAAUCCGCAGUGCUAGGCUCCGUUAGCUGAGUCUGAACAUCUCUGCCUGCCUGCCUGCCUGCCUGCGUGGGGCCAGGGAAGAUGCCGAAAUCUCGGGAAGCCGCAGGGACGUGCGCAAGGUGAACGGGGCUGCAAAGCCGCCACCCAGCCUCCACACGGAAGCAGUAACUGAGGGGCCUGUGUGGAAGCCUGAGCCCUGGAUGUGGAGCUGGCCAUGGCCCCUGCCAGCCAGCUCUCUCUGUGGAGCCUCCUGUUGAUGCCAACCCUCCUGCCCGGUACAGCCUGCAGCGGGCAACUCUUUGACCGGCUGGAGGGCUCGGGACACGGCACUAGCCUUGGCCGGCUCUUGGUGCCAGGCCCUGGGGGAGCCCUGGCUGGGCUGAAUUCCCAGGAAAAGGACCCAGGAGAAGUCCCUGGGACAGAGCACCCCCCAGCCACGGUGGAGAAGCCACGGUGGAGGCUCAGGGACACGAAUGGACUCAGCCCAGCUGGCUCCCCUACCUCCCAGGGCCCAGGCAGGGGCACACAGACUGCCUGGGCUCAGCCCGCCGAGGGGCCUCAUCAGCCUGGAGCUCCAAGGAACAGUUCAGACCUUCCCGCUUUAGCAUCUCCUCCACCCUCAGAAGCCGAACUUGUGCUGCAGUCAGCCAGGGUGGCUCCAGGGCAGAGUAGCAGCAUAGGGGGCAUUGGCCCAGGGACACUCCAAAGGCAGUUGGGACCUGGGCUCAUCCCUGCGUCAGGGACCGUGGGACCAGUCAGCCCCGCGGUUCAGACCCUGCGUGUCAGGACUCAGACUGCAGAGGCCCUGAGCUCCCAGAGGGGCACGGGGCCUCCCCCUUCAGAUGAGACUGCCGCCCCGGAGCCCUCACCCCUAUAUAGCAGGAGCUCUCCCGAGGAGAUCCACGGGGAGAUUCGGCCCACUCGGGUUGAGGCCCGGACCCUCGGCCCUCGGCUCAGUGUGCUCACCAGCCCGUGGGGAGCCCUGCCGGGGUCUUCGGGCGCCGCGAGCUUCAUCUCACCUGGGACCUCCGAGCUUGGACCUGGGAAAAGAGGCCCAGCUGAGGCAGCUAGCGGGAGUGAGGCCAGGGAGAAAGAGAACCCUGGAGGGCAGACCCUUUUGGCUAACCAGAUCCCUACUGUAGUCAGCCACAGAGAGCUGAGAUUUGCUAGUAGUCCUUCAGGAGGGCACUGGAUGAGAAGCGCCUUGGUCUCUGCUGCCCCCACCGCCAGAUUGAGCUACUUCCUCCUCUCAGACGGGAACCCCACCACCCCCAGGCAGGAAGCUAGCCAGGACCAAAUGAGGAUCACCUUAGAGAGGGCAAGGCAAGGCAUUCAGAAUCUUCAUCUGGGGAGCCUCAGUACAUCGCAGGCCCCUUGGGUGACUACCGCUCGGUCGGUCCCAGACGCUGCCGCUACUGCCGCCGUCACCCUCAAUCCGCAGGGCCCUUCUCCCUCUUCGAGGGCCGGAGCCUUCCCGCUUCCUAGGCUCAGCUCCUCCAGACCAUUCCACUCUGCCAGGGCCAGUUGGGGCCCCACCUCCUCUGCAGGUUCCACAUCCCAGCCUGGCCCUACCCCCUCCCGGCACCUGUCUUCAUCCCCUUCCCAGAAGCCCUCACUGGAACCCCUGGUGGGGGCCUGGACAGAGGCACGCUGGUCCCAUCAGAUCAGUCCGUGGCGGCCUCUACUAGGCUCUGGGCCCGGGAGAGCUUUCCCAGCAGCUUCUUCCCUGCAGCCAGUUCUCUCCAGCUCUGAAUUGCCACCUGCUCCUCCCCACAGCAGUACAGUAGCCUUGGUGUCUCCCGGCCAGGAACUCGAUCCAGGGACAGGGACGAUGGAAGUUGAGCCCAUCUCCCCCCAGCGAGUGAGAGGGGCCGUGGAGCCUCCAAGCCCCGCAAAUACCACCACUUCUCCAAGCACUUCUGCCCCAAACCUAGCCAUCCUUGCCCCAGAGAGCCCAGGAACCAGGCUGCCAGCCGGGCCCCGACCGGAUCGGAGCGGCCCGCCUCAGCCACCGGCCCGCUCCCCGGGCCCCUCAGCUACAUCCCGCCGUGGCCUGGUUAAAGUCACUACCCAGCGGGGCUCCCCGCCGCCGCCGCCGAGCCCGGGCUGCGAGGCCUGCGGCGGCCCUCGGCCCAACGAGACGCUGCUGCUGUGGGGUCCGCUGCGGCACAAGCUGAGCUUCGCCUGGGAGCUGCACGUGUACGGGGCCGGGGCGCUCUUCCUGCUCCAGGCCCUGGUGGCCCUGGGGAGCCUGGCCGGCGCGCUCGCCCUGCGCGCGGCCGCGCGGGGCCCGGUGCUGGCGGCCGCCGGCCUGCUGCUGGGGGCCGGCCUGCUGCGCGCUUUCUUCCUCCUGGUGGACCCGUACGGGGCGCGGGAGCGGCUCGGGCCCCGGCUGCAACUGGCGCUGUACAACCUGCCCUUCCCCCUGCUCGUCACGGCCCUCGGCGCCCUGGUGCUGCUCGGGCUCCGCGGGGCCGGGCCGCGGGCGCCGCUGCCUCCGCGCUUGCAGAAGCCGGCCUUGCUGGGCGCGCUGGGCGCCGCGCACGGGAGCGCCGUGCUGGCCGCCGACCUGCUGUCGCCCCUGCUCAGCCCGCCCAUCAACCUGGCCGUGCACGGGCUGUCGUGCGCCUGGGGCUGCGGCCUGGCGCUGGGCGCCCUCCUCUUCUGCCGCCGGCUGAGGCCGCCGGAGGUGGGCCCGGAGGCCGCACUCCGGGAGUCGGGCCGCCUCCGGCCCCCGGGCCCUGCCCCCCGGGGCCUGGCGGUGGGCAGCGUCCUGGGGCUGCUGGACAGCGGGUUGCACCUGGGGGCUGCCCUGUUUCUGUACCCUGUGCUGGGGCCCACGGGCCGCUUCUCCUGGCCCUGGUGGGUCCUGCAGUUCUGGCUGCGCCUGGUGGAGCUGGCCUGGGCUGCCACGCUGAGCCUCGUGGCCUUGCGGGCCUCCUGCCAGGGUGGCGGCCGCGCCGACCACACGUGCUGGACCAAGCUGCUGCGCUACGCCUGCCCUCCGGGCAAAAGCGAGGUGCCCGAGCCCCCCAACAACUGCUAUGACUGGGCGGCCGAGGGCGCCGGCCCCGACGUCGGCAGGAGCCUCAUCGGCCAGCCGGCCGAGCGCGGCCCUCCGCGGGCCGGCCCCCGGGAUCCCCCCGUGGCCCCGGGCCGCUCGCACAGCAGCGUGGGCCCGGAGCGGGCGUCGGGGCUGUCGCUCAGCGAGCUCGACCUGCGCCCGCCGUCGCCCAUCAACCUGAGCCGGAGCAUAGACGAGGCGCUGUGCCGCGAGCACCUGGUUCGGGACAGCGUGUUCCUGCGCUCCAGCCUGCAGUUCCCGGACUCGCGCCCGGGAGCCCCGCGGCCGAGGCGCCGCAGCGAUCCCGCCCUCGGCGGCUCCCUGGCCAGCCUCUCCAAGGGCUCGGCGCAGAUCAGCUGGAACCCCGAGCGCCACGGCCUGGCGUCGCCGGAGAGCCUGCCCUUGGACGAGCUGCCCAGCACCGUGCAGCUGCUGGCCGCCGCGCCCGGCCCCGGGGAGGCCGGAGACCCGGAGCGCGAAGCCCGGCGGAGCUUCCUCGCGCUCAGCAAGCAGGUGGACUCCCGCAGUGACUCCAGCGAGACCAUCGAGCUGUGACGGUGCGGGGCCCGUGGGCCGGCCACCCCGGGGAGCCGCACCCGAAAGCACCAGCAGACGCCGGGGGCCCGCCGACCGCAGCCCCCUGCCGCGUGACACCGUUCAUUCCUUCAGUCGAUCGUCUUUACUGAGCGCUUACUGUGCGCAGAGCACUGUGCUACGCGCUCGGGAAG